AUGAGCUCAGGGGCGCCGCCCUGCACACCAGGGAACUACAGUACCUGCUCUAAUAAAGGUAGUUCUACUGCAUCAGCUGGAGCUGGAGCUCCCCCCGCCCGCCGGAGGAGCAAUAGAUCACAAUCCGGCGACAGCGUCAACAGCGGCCACAGAGACAGACGAAUUGGAGGUCCUGCUGGAGGUUCUUUCACAAGAACUUCCCAGCAGACAAUUGCACAAGAAACUAGCGGAGACAGGUUUUUCAAAAAUGACAUUCCGCGGUCCCGCAAAAGCAGUGUGUCGAGCAAUCACUCGCAGGCUACCAGCAACUGUUCCUCUACUUUCGGCCGUGACAGCAGUCACACGCGGCCGCACGAUUCUUACCUGUGUUGGGAAUCUGCGUUUUCAACAUCGUGCGCAGCGGAGGCUGCAGUAUGGCAUUCUCAAACGUUACAAAUUCUCAACUGUUACAUGAUUUGCCAUGCAAAAAGAACAUGAGCGGCCAGACGAUCAAGCUGCUUCGCGUGACAAAUUAUCGAAGGGCUGGACAGCAUCUAAAUCUGUGCCAAAUUUGUGACGCAAGAGUUACAACCUUGCCCCUUUCCCUAUUGCUGUUUUUGCAUCACAACUUCGUGUAACAGUUGAGAGUGUAACGUUUGAGAACGCCAUAUGCAGCGGUGGAAAAUUAUCCCCACAUGAGGAGCGACAGGUCUUUCUUCGUGGAAGGCAUCCACGCGACGGAGGAUAAUCUUCCUGAUCAAGGAGCUGGAGCUGCUGCUGGUACUACAACUAGUAGAACCAUAUGCAUUGCAAAAGUAUCGCAUUCGUAUAAAUGCAAUACAAAUUAUUUCUGCAGCAUGAGAAAUAAAAUUUGUAAUGCAGAUUUAGCUUGAGAAAGGGAUAUGUAAUGCAUGAUUGCAAUACGAGCGCGAUACUUUUGCACAGGAUAAACCACCCCCGGGGACGAUCUUCGUCGGGGCAAUCGCGGUAACGAAAUAACAAUCGCAAACGCGACCUCCUCAGCCUCGAUGAAGGUCCAGGACACGAGCGAGAAAUCCAACGAGAUCCGGGUCGCCGUCUUGGGUGCGGGUAUCAGCGGGCUGCAUGUUGUAUGCAUUGCAAAAGUAAUAUCGUACUAGCAUAAAUCGCAUGACAAAUUUUUUCAAGAAGAAAAUUGGAACUUGUAAUGCAGAUUCAGGUAGGAAAUCAGAUUUGUCAUGCAUACCUGCAAUUCAUACGAGUACGAUACUUUUGCAGUGGAUAUGUUGCGGAGAGAUUGAAGAGCAUGUCGCGGAUGCUGAUCGAAAACGAGAACCCCUAUGAAUUGCAAAAAUUAUGUCUGGGUCUGGAAGAUUGCAACUUGUCAUGGUAAAUCUGAAGCAUGCAAAAAUCUGUGUUGCCUGAGUGCCGAAAGCUGUCCACUUCUGACCAAGUUGGAACGGAGUUUAUCAUGCAGAAUAGGCAUGAUGUUGAUGGUAGGGACCUCGCAGAGUCUGUCAUGCUAAGUCCCGCAUUCCAGACCUCAUGGGCCAUGGAAAAUCUGCAUGACAAGUCUACACUCCUCCAGACCCAGACACUUUUGCUCUUGAUAACCCCUUUGCGGUCAACAAGAACCAGCGGAAAACCGCGAUCAAAAUGCCCCGGAUCAGCGUGUAUGAAAUGUAAAAAUGUCUGGGUCUGGAAGAGUCAUGCUGUUUCGGCAUGACACAGAAGGUCUGGCAUGGAAGCUCUAGCAUCACAGGUUUCGACAAGCUUCCGCAAUGCUGAAUCCGCAUGACAAAUCCCUCAUUUUGGUGACAGAAGUUGAGCAGCUUUUGCUGCCUAUGCAUCAGAGAUUUUUGUGUGUUCUGAACUUCGCAUCACAAGUUACAUCCUUCCAGACCCAGACACUUUUGCACUUGAUAGCGUGAUCAUCUUUGAAAAAGCGAACGCGUGCGGGGGCAGAUUAGUCACGCGGCACACCCGCGCGCCGGACCCCACCGGGUACCAGUUCGACUUUGGCGCGCCGUUUUUCCGCGUGAAGCACCCGCACUUUCACGCCUGGCUACAGAGAACGUGCGGCCUGGGGAAAUUUCCAUCCGGGGGAUUUGACAGACAGAUCGUAUAUAGUUCAUUAAGUCGUCUGGUUUAUUUUGUUUUAGCAAUUUGAUAUCUUCCUUCCUCGUUUUUAUUUUCAUUGAUUUGCUUGGUUAAGCCCUUUGAUUGUCAGCAUCGUGGUUCUUAAAGUUAAAUUCUUGCACGAAGUGGAAGCUAUUAAAGCCUCGAGUAUCUAAAAAUCGAAAUAAAUAAUUAUCAGUCCCAAGAUUGGAUGCAGACGGUCGCCUUCGAGCGAAACAGUUCGCAAGGGAAGGAGAAAUCCGCGGAACUCAAGGACGUCGGCUUGCAGACCGGACGGUGGGGGUUGCCGAAGGAUCACGAACCCAGGUGGGGUGUGAACAAUAAAGAACGCACGAGGACGCACUCCCAGGAGGUGGCGGAGAAAGAGAAAGAGAACAACAAUAAGAAGCUAUCCUGUGUAAAAACAUCCCCACCUCAGAGUUGUCAUGCAGAUCCGCAAGCACACGAGCGCUUGUAAUGCGCAUCCCCAUGAGAGGCAUUUCCAAUUGUUUUUUGGAACUUGUAAUGCUGCAAACAGGAUGAGGAGAUGGAUUUGUUAUGCGGCUUUGUUUACUAAACUGCACUACAUUACAGCCUACAUUAUUGUCAUGCGUGGUUCCGGAAACUUCAAGGUUUGUGUUGCAGAGUCCCCAGCCUGACUCUGGGGUGGGGACGUUUUUACAAAUGAUAGAAGCGGAUGCUGAAGGACCGCGAAUCUGCGUCCAGCCCUGCGGGUGACGAAGACGGCGAAUCCAGCACAACCAGCGAUGUCGGCAACACCUCGGCUUCCCAGGGGGGGCAGAGCAGUGACAAGGGGGAAAACCCGGGAUCGGACAGAGACGCGGCUGGUUACAAUUGGGCAUCCACCGCCUCCAAGCUCCGGUCGGUGAUCGAGGAAGAGGCGCCGCGAGAUGAGGUCGGCGCUGUGGAGUGGCGCAACGGGAAGAACCUAUCAAAUGCAAAAAUGUCUGGGUCUGGAGACUUGUGAUGCUAAAGCGUGGAUGAUGGAAACAGUUCCGAAUGCGACCCAGCAUGACAACUUUCCAGAACGCUUUCUCAUAGGCAAUCUGCAUGCGAGCCUGCGAAAUUGCAUGUACAAAAGAGGCUGCGACUUUUGUUGGUUAUGCAAUACAGAUUUUCUAGGUAUGGAAAGCCAGCAUUACAAGUUCCAACCUUCCAGACCCAGACAUAUUUGCAAUCCAUAGAACCCCAUUCUGUACGACUGCUGGUGCUACGAUGUCGACUUCCUCAACAUCGAUCGCAAGAGUGGGGGUGCUCCUGCCUGUGCGCGAAGUCGCGUGGCCUCGGCCGCGGACGAGGAUUGCAAAAUCGAUAAAGGAAAAGUGCUAUGAAUUGGAAUUGCACAAGUAAUAUCUUCGUACUAGCAGUUGUAAUCGCGUUUCACAAAUUUGAUGCUACAUGAAUGGAAGUUGUAAUGCGGAUUUAAUACAGUAAGGAAGAGGCUGGUCAUGAUGCACGACUGCAAUUAGUACAAGUGCGAUAUAAUAUAAUACUUUUGCAGUGCAUAAGUGAAAAACAACAAUAUGAUUCCAGAGGAGCGCACCUCCGACGAAAUAGCCGCGACCCACGAGUUAGAAUGCGGGUUGUACGCUCUAAAGGAGUUCAACCGAAAGGAGGAACUGUUAGCAGAAAUGAAAACGUCAACGGCCGCGAGUGGUGCAGCUCCUGGGGGAAAAAUGUCUAACGGCACAACUCUGCUUGCCACGACUCCCACUUCCAGCAAAAAUGAUGUUGACCUCUGCUCGGGUGUGGAGAAAAAAUCCUCACCAAGAAACGGGGGCGAUGAUCGUAAAGAGGGGCAAGGCCAAGGCACGACUUCGAGGGAUAACAAAAAUGCCGAAGACGAGGAUCGCAACAAAGCAUCUGCUGCCGCAAAAGUGAGUUCCCCCCGGGAGAAUCAUCUGAAAUCCUCCCCACGGGGGAACAAUCAUUUGAAGACGCACCAGAACCGCGAUGAGGUGCAAGGCGAGGAUUUAAUCAGCCGCGAGCAAAUGUACGGGCAAACCGGUUCGGAACGGGUAUGCACUGCAAAUAUGUCUGGUUUUGGGAGAUUGCGAGAUUUGUCAUGCGAGUCUGGCAUGACUCUGAACUCUGUAUUGCGUGCCCGCGAAGGGCUCCUCUUGUCUGUCAUGCAAACACGCAGUUUCUCAUGCGGAGUACGCAACUCUGAACCACAGAAAAACUUGUCAUGCUGGGGAGCACAUUACAGUGCGCUCACUAUUCCCUUCCUUGCAUCACAAGUUUCCAGAUUCAGACCCAGACAUAUUUGCAAUGCAUAACGGGAGUUGCAAGACAAUCGGGUCUUCGUUGGUUGGCCGAAAAUGUCCGAACUUGGCAAAAUGGUAGCGAAGCGGAACAAGCUGGACGUCCGGCUGGGAUGCAGAAUCGGGAAGCUGUUUCCGGUGAAGACAAAACCCAAUAGUAGAGCAGGUCAACUACAUCUUCUCGAAGGUGGACAGUCGUCUUCUAAAGACACGACGCCGGUGAAUCAUAACACAACAGGAGGAAAUCAAAAUCUCAGCGUUCUUGUCAAGAAGCAGCACCUCCAAUUGACCGAGUCCCCGGUUCCCUACACAACGCCUUCAUUGCAGAACACCAACAGCACCCUAUCCUGAGUAAAAACGUCCCUACACCAGAGUUGUCAUGCAAUUCUGCAUGCCAAAAAAGUUUCUCAUGCGGAGCCCUAUGAGAAGCAUUUUCUAUUCGUGUUUUGGAAUUUUUGAUGCUAGAAUCAGCAUGAUAUGCUAGAUCUGUCAUGCUUCAGGAUUACACUACGAGGACAAGCUUGUCAUGCCAAACAAGAACCAAAGCUGUGUGAUUUGUCUAGCAGAUUUCCCAUCUUGGCUCUGGAGGUGUGGGGACGUUUUUACAAAUGAUACACCCCGUUGCCCCAAGACCCCACCAGGACAUCACAUGGUCCAGACGGCAGUUCCAGUCCGGAUGACGAGUCCGAGGUGGCGCGGAACGUCGGCGCGGGGCGGCAGAUAUGCAUUGCAACGGUAUCGUACUAGUAGUAGAAAUCGCACGACAAAUUCCCUCAGCAUGAGAAAUGGAGUUUGUCAUGCUGUUUUGCCUUGGGAUCGAGAUUUGUAAUGCAUGACUGCGAUUUUUACUACUAGUACGAUACUUUUGCAGUUCAUAGCAGACCUCCGGCGUCUUGUCGGAAAACUUGUCGAUCAGCGCAUCCAGCCGACAGGUGUCGGAAAGCAUCUUGGACAAGCUCUACACCCCUUCGCCCUCCCCGCGGGUGAGGGUAGAUACGAGCAAGAACGUGAAUUCUUCAACCGGCGAAGGACCACUGUUCGACGACAUGCCUUCUCUACUAGGAGGUGAGGAUACCAACCCCAAUCCAAGCCUGCGGCGAGAAAUCACCCCACCGGGUGGAACUGUUUCUACUGCUCCUUCAAAAGCCGCACCACCUUCGACGCUGCACCUGAAACCGCACCCCAAACAGUCCGGACAUCAAGUUGUAUCUACUCAGUUACCCCCCCACGCUGAACAUGAGAAUGAAGGCAACAAUAAGUUCCCUUUUGACCCAGAUGUGCGUUUCGUGGAAGCUUCCGCGUUACCCUCCAACCAGGAAGCGCAGCUUUACUCGCGGUUCGCCACUGGCGACAUGCACGAUCCAAAUUGCCCGGAGGAAGACGAUAUCAAAUGCAAAAAUGUCUGGGUCUGGAAGAAUGCAACUUGUGAUGCUGCAUUUUGAUUCCAAAAAAAUCUGUAUUGCAUGAGCAGCAAAGGGAACGCAUUUUUUGCUACACGGAGAGGGCAUUUGUCAUGCGGAAUAGGCAUCAAGAAGCCCUCAAAAAAUAUGUGAUGCUAGGGCAUGCAUCAGAGACAUCAUGGCUCAUGCAAAACGUGCGCGACAAGUCUCAGAAUCUUCCAGACCCAAACAAGUUUGCAUUUGAUAGACGAUCCGGCGGUGCCCUUGAUGAUCCGGGAACGGGAGCGGAAGGAACAGGAUAUGAACCGCAAAAGCAUCGUACUCGUACUAAUUGCAAAAAUGCAUGACAAAUUUUCUUCCUAAGGUAAAAAAAACAGCAUUACAAAUUUAUAUUUCUAAUGCUGAGGGAAUUUGUGAUGCUAUUCAUACUAGUACGUUACUUUUGCAGUUCAUACAGGAGCGGCUGCAGCAACUGUUAGGGGGUGCUGGGGGUACGGACGGGGACACGGAGGGCGGCGCGCGGGGAGGUGUCAGAGGGGAAAUUGACCCGAUGAGAAAAAUCGACUCUGCAAGAAGGCCGCCGCCGCCGAGAAAGGGAGAAGUGAGAAAAAAAGAAAAUAACCCGGACCAGGAGCGGCUUCAAGGUAUUUCAGAAUGAUAUAAGGAUAGCAAGAAGAUGGUCGUGUGGUCCACAAGAAGAGGAACACACCAUCCUCUUCGCAUAUUUUUAGUCCUAGCGGAGCAUUGUCAUGUCCAUGUGUUUGUGAUGCAAAUAAAGUGCUUCAUCUUCGUCUCAUCUCCAGUACGCAAUCCGAAGUCAACAUGGACGAAAUUGUGAUGCAAAAUAUAAAUCACGAACAACUCCAGGUGUUAACCUGCAGUGGGAUCUGCGGAAGGUAAAACACGCUCGAUUACCCUACAACGCGGUCACCAAUCCCGCCAACGCCCCGGUUUCUUCUCGACCCUUCGACUAUGUCGUGGUUAGUCUCCCCGGUCCCCAGACCAUGCAACUGGUCGAAGAACUGCCCAUCAUGAAAAAAUUUCCGAGAAUUCAAGCGAAAAGCAAAAUGCGGGGCUGCUACGUGCUCAUGCUAGGUAUAGAAAGUUGAUAAUUUUUGGGUGUAUUUUUAUUUUUUUCUGAUUUGUUGUGUUCUACUUCUAUUUUGCUCGAACUACUUUGACAAACUUUGUUCUUUCCGAGCUAAAAACUUCCAUCCACAGGUUUUUCAAUCCCCGCCUCCCUCAACGAGACCGAAAUCCCUAGCACGAUUGACUGCGUCGCCCACCCGGUGGUCCGCUGCGUGAUCAUUGACAGCAACAAGCCUGGUCGCGUUGCGAAGCGAAACCGGAUUGGCCUCAAGACGAUCUCAGUCUGCGUAUUUACUUUUUCAUCUUGCAGUUGUUGUUUUAGUGCUGGUUCCGGUAAUUGUUUGUCAUGCGUAGUUCGCUAAUAUAUCGCUCCAGGGUUCUUGUUCAUCCGAAAACCGCAUCACAAAAAAUCACUAGGUUUUCGCCUCUUUCGAGUGGUCCGAGCAGCACUUCAUUAUGGAGGAGCAGAUGGGUGCCGGUAACGACUACACCUACCGUGGUGCGAACGUGAUUAAGCCCAUGCUGAAGGAAGCGCGAGAGUUACUCCUGUCUGCCAACGUAUCAAAUGUAAAAAUAUCUGGGUCUGGAAGAUUGCCAGGUUUGUCAUGCAUAUUUUCCAUGACCCAUGAGGUCUAAAAUGCGAGACCCAGCAUGACAGAUUCUUUGAGGUCUGUAUCAUGCCUUUCCUGCAUGAGAAACUCCCUCUCAACUUGGUCAAAAGCGGACAGCUUUGACACUCACGGUCACGCAACACAGAUUUUUGCAUCAUUUAGAUUUAGCAUGACAAGUUCAAAUCUUCCAGACCCAGACAUUUUUACAGUCGAUACAACGUACCGAUACCCGAAAACAAGGACUACGCACGCCCGAAAAUUGACUUCUGGAAUAUGGGACUCUCAAACAUUACAUUCUCAACUGUUACAUGGAUUUGUGAUGCAAGAACACACACAGUGAAGGGAGCAAGCUUGCGCUUUUUGCAUUACAAAUUCGGCACAGAUUUCGAUGCUGUUUAGCCUUUGUCGUGCGAAGUAGCUUGAUCGUGGUGUGGCUGAUGGCAAUUUUGCAUCACAAAUCAUGUAGCAGUUGAAAGUGUAACGUUUGAGAACCCCAUAUGGAAGUACAUGUUUGACAUGCGCCGUCUGGAGUACACGGAUCUGCACGCGUGGCGGUAUUAUGCAUUGCAAAUAUGUCUGGGUCUGGAAACUUGUGAUGCUAAUGUGCGAAUAAUAGGCAAGCUCCAUUUCGGAACCACGCAAGACAAGUUUCUGAGCGACUCCGUCUUGCAUAAACUGCAUGACAAACUGCAUUUUUGCGUGACGCAAAAGACAAAGAGGCACUAUAGGGCAGCAUCCAUUACAGUUUUUUUUUUCUCUACUCCUGCCUGCCAAGCAUGACAAACCUCGCCAUCUUCCAGACCCAGACAUAUUUGCAUUGGAUAGGUAUGCCCAGGUUAUCGGCAGACCGGGCAAGGCAGGAGCGAAUAGAGGGUACUUUACUACACAGUUUCCUAUUAUAAUUUUAGCAGUCAUGCAGCACCGAGACGCAGCUUUCGCUUUGUAUUUGUUCUUACCUGGGUCUGCAUGAGAAAUAAACUCGAUCUUCGGGAGGUCUGAAAAAACUAAAACGUAAACGAUUAAUUUCUGUUGCAAUUAUUCGCAUGCAAAGGCAAACGAAUACAUUCAUUCUUCUUCAAUAGGGCGGAGAAGCAAGACUACUGCUGGCUGGAUAAGGAGCACAAGCUGGCUUCUUUAUCUGACCGAGGGUGGUGCGGCGCGCGCUGCUGCGCCCGCAAGUGCAGGCGAACUAGCUCCGGCCCCGCCACGGUGCCAGGGAUGGCUCUGCGCUUUGUUUCGGUCGCCACGUUUUGCCUCGCGGGGGCGGCCCCCCCUCUUGGUGUGGAUGCUCUCGCCGCCCUGCACGAAGAAAAAGGCGCCUUUUCUCGGUGCCCGAAAAAAAUGGUUAUUCCACACAGCGCGCCCAGUCCCAUUGUGCUGGCUGCACGUGCCUGGCUGGCCAGGUUCUUUGUCGCGCACGCAGUUUCCACAGCUGCGCCCCUAUGGGCCCCGUCAAAAGCAGCCCUGCCGCCUUGGAGGCGUAACUAGAAUGACGAGCAGCCGCCCGCAAGACUCGCAGCCUGGGGGGUGCUCGCAAAUUUAUUGGGAACCGUCCAGAAGCCUCGCCUCUUUCCACGCUGGUGUGGCCCCGGGUGUUCUUUCUUUCCCCCGGAGCUUCUCCUGCUCCUGGGGGCUGGGGCGGGCCGCUGUCACGCCUACUGUCUUUCUCCGGGGGGCUUAGGGUUUUCGCCCCCAGAAUAUCCUCCUCUUCCCCGCGUCUGCAACCUUCCUCGUAGGAAAGCGGGCCUAUCGCAUCCUUGUCUCCUCCAUACCUCUCCGGCGGUCGCGGAGGGACCGCCCGUGCUAGAUACUACUAGUACAGCUACACAGCUUCCUAUUAUGGUUUUUGCAGUCAACAUGCGUGAGUGACAGAGACGGUCACAGCGUUGUAUUUGUUCUUACCUGGGCCUGCAUGAGAAAACUCCUCGAUCUUCGGGUCUACUGACAAAACUAACAGACUAAUUUCUUUUGCAAUUAUCAACAUGCGAAAAUGGAAAUGCUUCAUCUGAAACAGGGCGGAGAAGCAAGACUACUGCUGGCUGGAUAAGGGGGCGCAGCCGUGGGAGGGAAAGGACUUAUUUGUCUGACUGAGGGUGGCGCGCUACGCGCUGGUGCGCCCGCAGGUUCAGGCGAACUAGCUCCGGCCCCGCCAGGGUGCCGGUAGGGGGUUUGCGCUUUGUUUGGGUGGCCACAUUUUGCCUCGCGGGGGCGGCCCCCUCUUGGUGUGGAUGCACCCGCCGCCCUGCACGUAGAAAAAAGCGCCUUUUCUCAGUGCCCUAAAUGGUUAUUCCACACAGCGCGCCCAGUCCCAUUGUGCUGGUUGCACCUGCCUGGCUGGCCAGGUUCUUUGUCGCGCAGUUUCCACAGCUGCGCCCCUCUGGGCCCCGUCAAAAGCAGCCCUGCCGCCUUGGAGGCGUAACUAGAAUGACGAGCAGCCGCACGCAAGGCUCGCAGCUUUCGGAGGCGUUCGCAAAUUCAUUGGGAACAUCCCCGAAGGCUGGCCCCCUCUCAGCUUGGGGUGGCCCUGGGUUUCUGUUUCCCAGAACUUCUCCUGCUCCUGGGAGCUGGGGUGGGCCGCUGUCACGCCUACUGUCUUUCUCCGGGGGGUUCAGGCGGACGGAGAAGCCCUGCGCCUGUAGAGUUUUCGCCCCCAGGAGAAUCCCCUCCCCUUCCCCGCGAGGACUGCAACCUUCCUAGUAGGAAAUCGGGCCCAUCGUUUUCUUGCCUACUCCAUACCUUUCCGGCGGUCGCGGAGCGACCGCCCGCGCUAGAUACUACUACACAGUUUCCUAUUAUACUUUUUGCAGUCAACAUGCGGGACAGAGACGGUCGCAGCUUUGUAUUUGUUCGUACCUGGUGGGCCUGCAUAAGAAAAUUCGAUCUUCGGGUCUGACAAAAUUGAGAGAGUAAUUUCUGUUGCAAUUAUUGAAAUAUGGAAACCACGCUUCUCAAACAGGGCGGAGAAGCAAGACUACUGCUGGCUGGAUAAGGAGCACAAGCUGGGAAUUUGCGGUGACUGGGCAAGCGGGUGUGCGACCGUCGAGGGCGCAUGGUGGAGUGCCGAGAUGCUCGCGGACCAGAUGCAAGCCUUAUGCAAGGAAAAAACUGUCUAUAGUGUAAGAACUUUGUGUUGCAGAAAAUGCAAAACUGUUACACUUGUCCUGCUGGACAUGCAUCAGAGGCUAAUUUUUCCGUACGUGUUUUCAAGUACUAGCUACGCAUGACAGGUUUAUUUCUGUGUCAUGCAGAGCAAACUUGUGAUGCUAUUCCUCCAAGAAACUUACCCUUGCACAGUUUUUUUCUUGCAUAAGCCUGUAUUGCGGACCAGUACGGAGAAAAUCUGCAGGAGAUGCUGGCAGAGCAUGAUGAAGAUCGGGAAUAAAUCCAUUUUAUUGGGUUCGCGUUCUUUGCUACCCGUACCCGCCGCAUCACGGAGUUGCCAACCUUCAACAACGUAAAGGGACGACUGGUGCUAAAUCUAUAGCGGCAAGAACAAGAUGAACCCAGUAGACCUAGAUCUCUUACCGGCUGCUCCAAAUAAAGCCACACGCGACGCAUUCUGUGAAAUACUUACUUACCCCGCUAUCAUCUUCACCCGAGCUGUGGUGCCCUGCUAAUAAAUUCCCCCUUCCGGCACGAUUUCGAGGCCCUCAAGGCAAAAAUAUUUGAAAAAACCGAAAAACGCUUCAACAAUUUUUUAGACGAUUUUAUGAAUUAUUUUUUGAUUUUUUAUCGACUUUUCCUGUUCAUUUUCAAUAUUCAAAUACAACAAUGUCAAUGAUCCUUUUCGUUUAAUAGUCGCAUUUUAUUUAUUUAUUAUGUCACAAACAAUAGAAAAAGAAGGCAGGGUAAAAUCGUUUCCAAAAGGUUUAUUUGUGUCCAGAAAAAACUACAAACCUCCUAGAAGUGUCAUUAAUGAGUAUAGCCAAUACAACGAAGCCGCAUCUUGUUUUUUUGAGGAUGCGGCCCGAGAAAAAUGAUCCGUAUGACUGGUAAUAUGGAACAACGUCAAAGUUGAAUAGUAUCGACGACAAUGAAGAUGAACGACAAUGAGCACAAUCUAUAUAUAUGUUGAGAUUGAGGAUGAAGCGAGGACCUCCGAUAUUAAAGCUUGUUGCUCGACGACCCUCUUGGCGGUCGACGCAGCUGCAGCAAGCACUAUGUAUAAACAAUAUGGAGCUCCUGCUCCGGCAGAUAUCGUACAGAUACCGGCUUCUUUGUCAAAAUUUUGAAGUUGAGUAGAUUUUGGUACUAUGGAAUAAGAUAUAUAAAAAAGCGACUACUAGCUAUAAUUGCGCUGCAGUCCAGCUGGAACUGCGACGAGUCACCAGACUUCUUUUUAAUUAUCUUCCCGGGCUUCUCAAAAGGAUAGUGCCGUAGUGUCUAACUGGCAAUGGCUAGUCUACAUAGUAUGAAAAAUAGAUAUGAUCUUCAUCGACCGCGGUCCUUAUUCCUAAUUUAUUGAUAGAGGCUCUAGUUGUACUUCUAAACAACAAGCAGGACGAGAACAUAAACUUCGCACUAAUACUACUUCGCAACUUGUCUCGCUCGACGACGUGGUCGAAGACCGAAAAUAAAAGAGAGCUUCUACAUCCGUAUUAGCGGCCUACUAAUAUUUGAUGCGUCGACACAAGAACUCUCUUGUGUCGAGGACCCCGCAGAUGUUGAUAUUCAGGCGACAUGUAGGGGUCGCGCCCCUAUUGACGCGGGGGCAAAGAUAGAGAUGUGAAGUACUAUUAUCUUCGGACAAGACCUGAGCAGGAAAGAACCGGAUAAGUACUUGUUGUGCAGUAGACGACUAUAGUCAUUGUCAUGGUCAUUUGAAAAAUAUAAUCUUCCACUCUAGCUCUACGCAACACCAUCAUCAUCGAAAUUUCAGACGCUGUUAUUUAAUCGAUACUAGAGGUAGUUGAAUUUGCGGUGGCCCACAUGAAGGUGGUCGACACUUCUGGACAUGAAAACUUCUUACCGAUCAUACGCUCGGGAUCGUCUCUUUCGCAACCACCAACAUUUCCAAAGACUAAAGAGAUUCUGUAUGGCGCACAGUUUUUUUUUUGUCAACAGAGGUCGUUGAUCAUGAUCUUUCUUGUGGCAGCUCGUACAACAUAAGUAACCCCUCUCGAUUAAUAGGAACAGGAAUAUUCGGUAGAGGAACUCCGUACCUACUGGGCUUGAAUUUCGUAUAGAUGAUACAUACGAAUUUUUACGGAAGCAUCAGAAGAAGGCAAAAAAGUCUGCUGGAUUUCUGAAAGUGUAGGCAGAUGAAGAAGUUCCGGGUGGUCAGGAAGAUCAUGUCAACAUUAUGAUUUGAAGAGCGACUUGUCAUCCUGACUGCAGCUUUAUUGCAAGAAUAGUACACUGUACACCUACUAACUUGAACCAAAACCACACAUAAACUUGAAGAACUCUCUCGGACUGUGGUGCCACUUAUAGGCCCCUCUAGCACUGGCACGACUCAGCGAGCAAGUGCUGUACGACUACACGAAGAAGUCAUAGAUGAAUAAUGAUAACGCCACAGAGGAUGUUGAAUAAGAAGCUGCAGUGCUGAAGAAGAAGAUGUACACAAUAUUGUUGAGCCUAGAGAAAGAACAGCUGCAGCACAACACCAAUUGGGCCUUUAUAGCUAGGGACUCACGUAGUCGCUUCCUUCUUCAUUUUCAAAAAACCCCUCGCAGGAUGUGCUUACACAUUUAUGUUCAGUUCGCUAUGCUACAGUGCUUAUUUUCAAACUUCCCUUUGGGAUUUUAGUUUUCAAUAUAGUACGACGUGCAAUUUCAUGCCAAGAUAGCGCAUCUCCACCUACAGCGAGAAAAAAAUAAAGACAAUAACACUGGUGAGGUCUGAGUCUGAUUUUGUUGAUGAUGCAUCGUUUACGCAUGGUCGUCGUCUCUUACUUUCAGAACAUCAAACACCUCUAGCUACUAUCAGGAUUUCGCUCUAAGUGCUGAUAGUCACUGCUGAUAGUCACUGCUGUUGUACAUCAUAGGACAACUAUAGUGUCUACUUCUUCUUCAUCUUCACAAUAGGAUUUUAUACCCACAGCCACAGCGUCCCGCCUUUCGGCUGCAAGAAAAAGGUUGUGACCUAUGAAUUGUCCAUGAUGAGUUGCAGUGUGAAGACGUGGAUGUCCUCCCGCACGCACCUGGUGUCUUUGCUAUCGUUCGAGGAAAAAUGUAAAUGUUGAUGCAAGGGAGUUAUAGCUUCAUAAGGCAAGAAGAUAGAAGCGCCGAGUAUGACAUGUCAUACCAUAAAAAUUGUUUCUACAACGGCUCCUGACCUGAUUGAUCUUAACUUUCCAAAUUUAUUCUUCAAAGUAAAAGGCCUCCGGCUACUUUGAAUUUACUUAUCUCGGCGACAAUGAACAAAAUUUUUUUUGGCCAACGCAUCGGCAUCGAGCGACCAUGGUCGGCGACAACAAGCUAGUACAACUGAUUAUACCGGAUCUCGACACACGAAGAAACUCGAAUUCUAUACGCUCGCGUCGCAGACUGGUCUUGACUACAGCGGCGGUGUCUAGUGGUGUGUCGUGUAGUACGAGUAAAUCACGGAUAUUCAUUCAUCGUUGAAUUGGUGAAGUUUUGUACCCAGGAAUUGAUGAAGAAAUCGUAAAGAACUCUCAACACACCAUUACGAUUCAGAGACAGCUUGUCUUCAGCCUCGAGACUGCGAUGAAAACAACAAGAACGGAGAUGUUGGAUACUUAUUUCGACAAAGAAAUACCGAAGCAAAAUCUUCAAGUUCAAGCACCAGAGAUGCUGCGAAAAGAUGAAAAAUGUGCACAUUUUGAAGGAGGUGGAAAGGUAUAACACAAAAAGCGAAAAAAAACUAUCGAGAAAAUA